ACGUCAUUGACCUGUACCAAGCAUGUUCAUAGAUGUAAAAAGAGAGUUGGUAUUUUUUUUCCUAUUUUCACUCCAACAAACAGCUAUUUUUCGUGAUUUAUUUUAACCACCCCCCCUUUUUUUUUUUUUAAGAAAAAGUGGCUGCUUGGUGUUUUGACCUCGGUGUCGUUUCAUGACGUAGUCGCACGUCUUCCGGGUCAGCGUGCUCUGUGGCAUGGUUGUUGGAUUUGUAAAUCCACAUUACAUGUGUAACUAAAAACUGGAAAGCAAGAUGAGCUCUCAGAAAGGUAAUGUAUCUCGGUCGCGAGGCCAGAAGCAUCAAAACACCACUGCCUACAAAAACGACAAGUACGGAGCGACCGCACAAGUGAAGAAGGCAAAAUCAAAGAUCCAUGAUGGGCUCUGUCAACACUGCAAGGGUGUUCUUGAGUGGAAAGUCAAGUACAACAAAUACAAGUCACUAACCCAGCCCCGAAAAUGUGUCAAAUGUUCUCAAAAGACUGUGAAGGAUGCCUAUCACAUCAUUUGUAAGACCUGUUCUCUUCAGCUAGAGAUCUGCUGCAAGUGUGGGAAGGAAGAGGACAUUGUUAUUCCGGUAAACUCACAUCAGGACAAGAAAGAGCUAGAAGAUGGUGAACAGACAAAGGAAGGAUGUGGACAACGGAAGAAGGACAUGGACAGGGAUGAUUAUUAUGAUGAUGAUGAUGACUUUGGUGACUUUGAAGAAGAGGAUGAUGAAGACUUUUACAGUGACUCAGGUCCAAAUAAACCAGAGAACAAGUCUGCUGCGCUCCCAGACGUGUCCCGAGUUAAUCUCAAAGACUAAAAACAGUAAGAGGGUUGUACCAAGUGGACUUUUUAAAAACUUAUAUACCCAACAAGUUUUCUAAUCAAUGUACAGUAAGUCAUUAACUGAUGCAAAUAAACUAAUAUUGCUGGUUUGA